UUCCAAACGCACCCGAAGGCAGCUUCACUUCACAGCAGCCCGGACAAGAAAAGACAGAGGAACUGUGCUGGAGCUUGUCGCAGGAAACUCGCUAACCAAAUUCCCCACUCAAUUGCUCCAACGAGCAUUUAUGUAGUCAGCUGUUAUACGAACUCCUGGACAGUUGGGGGGAUGUGGAAUUUCAAUCUGUGACCCAGAGGCAUCCUGACCAAUGAUGGGAAAGUUUUACCUGCUGCUAGACCCAUCGGCUCCACUGAGAUGACUCCAGGAGAAGUAAAAUGUGGAUGACAGUGUGAGCCAGGGGGUUUCAACGUUCAGGGCAAAGUAUUCUUCCACUGAGCCAAAAAAAAAACUUGUUGUAGUUUACACACAAAACAAUACAGUCACUCAACCAAUCAGCUGUCACAAUGCCGAUGCCAGGACCACUGUGGGGCUGUCUGGCUCUGAUAUGGGUGGGAAGCUGCAGUGCCCACAGCCUGUUUACCUGCGAGCCCAUCAAAGUGCAUCGGUGCUUGGGGAUGCCCUACAACAUGACCUUCUUUCCCAACAUUAUGGAGCACUACGACCAAGAUAUCGCAGCCAGUAAUAUGGAGCCAUUCAUGCCCCUGGCAAACCUGCGCUGCUCUCCAGACGUCCAUCAGUUCCUGUGCCAAGCCUUUAUCCCAGCGUGCACGGAGGAGAACACAGUGAUCCGUCCCUGCAGAGAGCAGUGCGAGGCCGUUCUGUCCGACUGCGAGGAGAAUAUCCGAAUCUUUGGUGUCACCUGGCCUGCUGAGCUGCACUGUGACAAAUUGGACCCAUGUAGCUCUCCUGAUGGUUCGGCACUUCCUGCAACCACCCCAAUGAGCUCCUCAUCAGCUAAGAGGGACCUUGGCUUCUGGUGCCCACUGCAACUGAAGACCAAACCGGGCCAUGGCUCAUCGUUCCUCGGCACCCAGGACUGUGCUCCGCCUUGCUCCAACAUGUACUUCAAACCCCACGACAUUGAAUUUGCCAAGAACUUCAUCGGCGUGUGCUCCAUCAUCUGCUUGGGUGCCACGCUCUUCACCUUCCUCACUUUCCUCAUCGACGUCAAGCGUUUCCGCUACCCGGAGCGGCCCAUAAUCUUCUACGCCGUCUGCUACAGCUUUGUGUCGCUCAUAUACUUCAUCGGUUUCCUGCUGGGGAACAAUGCAGCCUGUACCAAAGCGGCUCAUCCUGCCGGGGUGGAUACCGUGGUGCUGGGCUCUCAGAGCAAAGGCUGCACUCUGCUCUUCAUGCUGCUCUACUUCUUCUCUAUUGCCGGUAUCGUCUGGUGGGUCAUACUCACCAUCACCUGGUUCCUGGCUGCUGGACCCAAGUGGAGCUGUGAGGCCAUAGAAAAGAAAGCGGUGUGGUUCCACUCUGCUGCCUGGGGGAUCCCCGGGGCACUAACUGUCAUGCUGCUAGCUCUGAACAAGGUUGAAGGGGACAGCAUCAGCGGAGUUUGCUUUGUGGGGCUCUACGAUCUGGACGCCCUGCGCUACUUUGUUCUGGCUCCUCUGUGCGUGGGCGUCAUAGUCGGCCUCUUCCUCAUCCUGGCGGGCAUCGUUUCUCUCAACCACGUCCGGCAGGUCAUCCAGCACGACGAGCGCAACCAGGAGAAGCUGAAGAAGUUCAUGAUCCGCAUCGGCGUUUUCAGCUGCCUCUACCUGGUCCCGCUGGUCACCCUGUUAGCCUGCUACACCUACGAACAGAGUCACCGCAGCACCUGGGAGAACACCUGGAUCAACGACCGCUGUCAAGAGUACAGCAUCCCCUGCUCCUACAAGACAACAGAGCACGACCGCCCUGACCUCUCCCUGUUUCUGGUGAAAUACCUAAUGACGCUGGUGGUGGGAAUAUCUGCAGUGUUCUGGGUCGGCAGUAAAAAAACCUGCUCUCAGUGGGCCUACUUCUUCAACAGGACCCGCAAGAGAGAUCCCAUCACUGAGAGCCGGCGCGUGCUCCAGGAGUCCUGCGAGUUCUUCCUCAAGCACAACAGCCGGGUCCAGCACAAGAAGAAGCACUACAAGCCGAGCUCCCACAAGCUCAAAGUCAUCUCCAAGUCCAUGGGCACGAGCACCGGCGCUGCACCCACCAACGCCUCCACUGCCGCCACCACCACCAAUCAAGGAACCUCUGCACUGGGCAAUCACGAGCACCGUGCUCAUGGUUCUCUGUCUGAGGCCUCAGCCAGGGAGCCCCUGGACAGGGCCACCCCUAGCCGAAGCUCCCGGAGGGGGGAGAGGGAGAGGGAGAGGGAGAGAGAAGGGGGAGAGAGACGAAGCAAAGGGGGGAGCUCCUGUAAGAUCAGCAGCCACUCAGAGAGCAUGCACAGAGUCCCGGAUGGGAGGAUGACUCCGAGGAGCGAGCUCUCAGAGGCCAGGCACGUCCCCAGUGGACAGCAGCAUCCGGCUUUAAACCGAUCACACAGCAGCAUCCAGGACUCCACCCACCAGCUGGCGCGCCAGGUGCCUGAGGAGAGCAAGGACACAAAGGACAGCAGCUGCUGAGACAUCUGACCCCCUCAAAUAUGUUUGUACGUCCAUCCAUCCAUCCAUCCAUCCAUCCAUCCUGUUUCAUGUAUCUGUUUCAAACCAUAGCACCUAUUUGUAUCAUUCAUCAUAGAAGCUUCUCACAUCAGAUUAUGAUUGUUGUGGUUAAUUUGUAUUCAGUGAAUGUUCAAUGCCAGCAAAAUGUAACAUACCUUGAGUAUUUCAAAUAUUUCAAAAGUGGUAUGUUUAGACCAGAAUCUGGGUUUUAGCAGAGUUUAAAGGGCUCGGAUUAUUUAGUGCGGGUGACCACUGUCUUUCAGCUUUACUGAGCUUUUGGCCAUUUCCUACAUACGUGAAUGUUGCAGCAGCACAGCUGUGAUCCACCUAUACAACGACCAAUGGUCUUUUAAUUUUAUAGCAUGCAUUAAAAAUGUUAGGUCUACUGUUUGUAGAUUUGUAGCUCAAUGGCAUAGAAUGCAUACUUUAAAACAAAUGCAAUAUUUAUGUACAUAUUGUAUUUUUGAGAAAUGAAGUCUUUCACUGGACUAGUCGCUACACUGAGAGUUCUGUUAAGAAAGGUAUUGUCAUGAUAUUGCCAAACGUUCAACUUAAGGAAAGUCUUCAUGUGGUCAACUGUUUUUUGAAUGUCUUAAUGUUCUUCCUAGAAAGAUGAUUUGUCUCGAAACCUCAUCUUGUAAUACACGUGCUACUUUAUUGCUCUUUUGAAAAAAGGCAUACUCUUAAAGGUUCAGUAGGUAACUUUAAUAAAAAAUAACUUUUUGGUCAUACUUGCUGAAACUAUCACUAUAUCGUGACUGUUGCACAUGAUAAUAAUCUGUGAAAAAAGUAAUGUUCCUCCUCCUAGUGCUCUUAAUGGCAUUUGCUAGAUUCCCUUGCACAGAGUCUGGAACACAGUGUUAAUGACUGCUCGUGAACAGCGGUCAAAAUAGGCAGCGCUGAUCAAAUAUGAAUCAAGAUUCUGUCACUGUAUUGCCGAUUUCAGAAUAUUGAUUAAUAUAUGAUCAGCUGUGCUUAGUUUGACAGUUUGUCACAUAGGUUGACAUUGCGUUAGAGACUUCUCAGCUCCAGUUGGUUGUUUUCCUUAUACCAUAGAGAGGCGAAGUCCCUCCCCUUCCGCUGGACCCCAUGGGACCUUAUUUUGUAAAACAAAAAUAUGUACGGUGGUGAACAGGGAGAGACAAAUCAUUUUUUUUACCCGUUUGAAUUGAGCCAUGAAUUACACAUAUGAUGUUUGUCAAUUUAAAAGAUAAUUUUGCAAGUCAAAGUCACAGUUUGUCGUAGUACCACUUUGUGUUAAACCGCUCAGUGAACUACAUCUCUGGUCUUACACAAUUGACCUCACCUUGCUUUCUGCUCAGAUUCCGCAAUAGCUACAACACGUGUAAUGUUAUUGUACCCGAUGUAUUUAUCCAGUGUCUUUUUAUUAGCUGGGAAGCGAAAGAACGAGCAAGAUCCGUUCCAAAGGCAUUGUAGCUUCAGCGAGAUGUCAUUUAUGGGACUUUGAAGCGAGAAGUCUUUCUAAUUACGCAUAUCCACAGUCUUAUACUUCAACAGUUUUACCACAAAAUUUUCUUUGAAAUUGACGACCAUCAUAUGUGUUAUUCAUGGCUCACAUCGGGAUCAAUUAACGAUUUGUCUCGCCGUUUACUACCAUACAUAUUUUUUUCUGAAAUAAGAUCCCCAUGGUGUUCCUCCGGAAAGGGGAGGAAUUUCUCCUUUCUAUUAGGAGCAUCAGGAGAAGCUCAAGGAAUGUGAUUUGAUUCAUGUAGUACUGUCAGGAUGCAGUGACAGCUUGAGCAAAUGUGACAGAAAGUUGUAUUUACCAAGUUACCAACUGUAGCUUUAAACUUGAUAUAGUUGAAAGUUUAGACAGUGUUGAAUUUGUGUUUUUCAUAUUUUCUUUCAAAGACUACUUUCACUUGAUUUUCGUGUUCCAACUUGUUUCUAUUGUACAAACUUAUUGUACAGAUGUGUCUUCAAUGACGUGUCCUGUGAAUUAGGAUAAAGUAUAGCUUUGUAGUUUUUUUUUACAAGAAUGUGCCUUCCUUUGAGCAGUUCCUCAUUUUCAAAGAACUUCAAAGAAUCUACAGAUGUUUUGCAUGUGUGAUGUCGACCUGUGUUCUCGGUCUGGGUGUGAAUUCAUACGAUUUAGAAUCAAAUUGAGGAAACAAAUCAAACAGGCUUUGCACUAUUUGUCAUUAGAAGCACAAACCACUAAUAAAUAAGUAUGAAUAGUCCUAAAUAAACAGAAAAAAAAGAAAAUUUGGGGCUUUGUUCAGGGGUUAUUUAUAACAUAUGGUCACAGACCAUAUACUGUAUUUCUCCCUCAAGUACUUCCAGAACGUCUGUGAUUUAUUUGAAAAUCUGCCAUGCUGUACUGUCUAUUUUGCUGUGUAAGGGAUUGAUUCUUCCAAUGAGGUUCUAUACCUUUUAUAUUCGGGAGUCACAGCACAAUUACAAUAACGCCAAUUAGGA